UGUUCAGUGACUAGGCGGUAGACAUGGGCCGCGAGCGCCGCGCAGGGCCUCGAGAACCCCGAGGCCGCUGGCGCUUGCCGCAGCUCGCCCCUUUCAGCUCCUCCCUGUCGUGCGUAGAGUGCGUGAGCCAAGGCGCCCAGAGCCAGCGCGGUACACCAGGGGUUGGAAAAACCACCCUAGGCAAAGAACUUGCAUCAAGAUCAGGACUGAAAUACAUUAAUGUGGGUGAUUUAGCUCGAGAAGGGCAGUUAUAUGAUGGCUAUGAUGAAGAGUAUGAUUGCCCCAUUUUAGAUGAAGAUAGAGUAGUUGAUGAAUUAGAAAACCAAAUGAGUGAAGGUGGAGUUAUUGUUGAUUACCAUGGUUGUGAUUUCUUCCCUGAACGCUGGUUUCACAUAGUUUUUGUGCUGCGAGCAGAUAACAGUGUAUUGUACAAAAGACUUGAAACAAGGGGUUAUAAUGAGAAGAAACUAAAAGAUAAUAUUCAGUGUGAAAUUUUUCAAGUUCUUUAUGAAGAAGCAUUAGCAUCCUACAAGGAAGAAAUAGUACAUCAGCUGCCCAGCAAUAAACCAGAAGAUCUAGAGGAUAACAUCAAUCAGAUAUUGAAGUGGAUUGAGCAGUGGAUUAAGGAUCAUAGCUCCUAAAUUACAAGACUACUAGCCACUUUACAACCACUCUUGUUAUAUCUCUGCCAUAUUGAAUAAAUUGUCCAAUUGUCGGUAAAGCUUUUUUAUUAAAAUUGAGCUGCAAGACUAGUAGAUGGAUGGCCUAAAGGUUUAUGUGUGGGCUUUCUUUCUCCAUGAGAAAGCAAAAGUCUCAAGUAUAGUAUAUAUAUAAUAUCAUUAAGGAUUGAUAGUAAAAACUGUUCAUUUUAAAUGCUUCAACAGGUAAAGAAUAAAUAAAACUGACCACA